AUGUCGGCAAUUCCUAAUAUCCCGUCUGAUACACCAGGAAUCCAUGCAAACGGCAUUGCGAACGGCAAAUCGACAUCGUCAUUCAACAUCAACGAUGCGCCAGUAGAGAACUUGCGACCUCUGAAGGUCAUUGUGAUUGGCGCUGGAUACUCUGGCAUAUACUGUGGCAUUAGGAUACCAGAGAAGUUGAGGAACGUCGAUUUGGUGAUAUAUGAGAAGAACGCAGGACUGGGAGGCACCUGGUGGGAGAAUAGGUACCUAGGUUGCGCGUGUGACGUGCCUUCACACUCGUACCAGUACACUUUCGAACCCAAUUACUCUUGGUCAUCCCUCUACGCACCAGCUACAGAAAUACAAGCGUACCUCGAGCGCGUUGCAAAGAAGUACUCGGCAGACAGAUUUGUCAAACUUCGCCAUGAGAUCAAGGAAUGCCGCUGGGACGACAGAACCGCGAAAUGGAAUAUCACUAUAAAGAACUUGGCCACUGGUGAGACAAUUCAAGACCAGUCUGACGUGCUCAUCAGUGCGAGAGGCAACCUGAAUAACCCUUCCUGGCCGGAGAUAGAUGGGCUCGAUACGUUCAAGGGUGAGGUCAUGCACUCGGCAACGUGGAACGAAGGCUACGACUUCACAGAUAAACGCAUAGGAGUUAUUGGCUCCGGCUCCUCAUCCAUCCAGAUUGUGCCCUCGCUUCAACGCCUCCCCGGAACCCAAGUCAGUACUUUUGUGCGAAGCAAAACGUGGAUAUCGCCACCAUUCGGCCAGCAGUUCUUCGACAAUUACGGGUUCAAGGGCUCUGCUAUCCCUGAAGAUCUUCGCGAGCGUUUCGCGAACGACCCGGACUAUUACCACAAAUUCAGACUUUCUGUCGAAGAAGAUGGUAAUGGUAUACACGCAGUGACUAUGAAAGGUACACCGCUGCAACUGGGAGCGAAGGAUAUGUUCUAUCAGCAUAUGAAGAAGAGGCUAGAAAGCAAACCGGAGAUCUUUGAUGCGCUCAUCCCAUCAUUCUCACCCGGAUGUAGAAGAUUGACACCUGGUCCAGGGUAUCUCGAAGCUCUUACAGAGUCGAACGUCAGCUUCAUCACAUCCUCAAUAACGCACAUCUCCGAGUCCGCUAUACAUACUGCAGAUGGCGCGGCGCAUGAGAUUGACGCUCUAGUCUGCGCAACAGGCUUCAAAUCCAGCGCUCCACCCCCUUAUCCGUUGAUCGGCACCAAUGGCCUUACUCUCACGGAGAAGUGGAGCCAACGCCCCGUCACUUAUUGCUCACACAGCAUAGCCGGCUUCCCGAACCUGUUCACAAUGCUUGGUCCUAAUUCGGCCAUCGGCUCUGGCAGUCUCACAUUCAUGAUACAAAAUAUGGGCGAUUAUAUCAUCAAAGCGAUUCGGAAGAUACAGAAAGAGAAUAUCGCUAGUUUGGUCGUGAAGGAGGAGCGCGAGGCCGAUUUUACAGAGUAUGUAGAUGCAUACUUUGAGGGCACAGUGUUUGCCGACGAAUGUAGGAGUUGGUACAAGAACAAGGGAACUGGCGAAGUGGUUGGAUUGUGGCCGGGCUCGACUUUACACUGUGUGGAAGCCAUGAGGAGUCCGCGAUGGGAAGACUUUGAGUAUGUGUAUCUAGACGAACUGGAGGGCGCCAAUCAUGAGGAGGGGCUCAAUGGUGUGAAUGCUGGUGAGGGUAAGAAGAGGGCGAAUAGACUCGCUUGGCUGGGCAAUGGGUGGAGCGUGAAUCAACUUGAGGAGAGGGAUCUGGCGUGGUACUUAUACCCUGAGUUCCUGAAUAAGCCGGUUGCCCCACGGCCAGAGGAGAAGGAAAGCUAUAGGAUACGACCCUUCUCAUACUGA